AUGGCACCGGGAGUUCAGGGACAAAAAGUAGAUAAGUUACCCUCACAAGAAAUAUACGAUAAAUUCGAGAAUGCGGAGAACUGUGCACACCUUGGAAGGGGGAAGAGCAAAGCGGAAAUAGUGGGAAAUGUGAAGCUUGUCCUGGGAUUAUAUCAAAUAAAAGAAGAAAAAGUAGCCACAGAAAUUUUCAAUGCCUGGUGCCACGCGUGUUCAGAGGGGGGGGACCAAGAUUCCCAGAAUAAUGCUUGCCACUUCCUAUUUUAUUGGAUAGGUGACAGAAUAAAGGAUAAAUUGAAUGUCAUUGAACUUUACGAUGUCAUGAAAGUAAUUUACCAUAAUCUACCGCUUGGCCAAUGUAAUAAUAAUUGCAGAAAUAUAUAUGAUGAUAUAAGCGGAGCUUUCUUCAAAUGGGCUAAGGAUUUAUGGGACUAUGAAUAUAACUUUAGUACUUUGAAAGGGCAGCGUGACUGUAGUGGAUAUACAUCUAAUCCUAAAUAUACUGAGCAAUUAACGGCAUCGCAGGAAGCAUAUAAGGAGUUAUGUGACAGAUGUGAUGAUAGUGUAGAUAGUUAUUGUAUGAAAAUUAAAAGGGAACAUAUAGAUACGAAAAAGUGCCGGACUUGGAAGCCAACGGGAUUAAACUGUAAAAUAAUACAGGAAUCGGUGGUCCCAUAA